AUGAACGCCUCAGCAACAAUCCGUGCAUCCUAUGUGCGUGCCACUAGGAUGAGCAUGAUGCCACCACCGCUCCCAAGACCCGGCUCGGUCACAAACAAUGUUGCCGACCUCGAAUCACGACCUGCGAACGGCGAGAAACUGAAAGACUUCGUACCCAUCAACCACCUCGCGCACCGCGAGAAGUGCGACCUCGAGCGCAACAAGAUUUACUUCUACGACGAGCCAUACUCUCCAUCAUACAUGGAAUGGGGAGAAAGUGGAUCGUUCGGCAUACGUAUACGUAAGAUGUGCACCAUCUUUCCAUACCGUGACCCCAUCUGGCUAGUUGCCGUCGUCUUUGCAGCCGGCAGUCUCGAUCUUGUCAUCAAUGCGUUCUUCGACCUCGUUCCGCAGCUGGAUGAGAAGCUGCAGUUUAAGACCAAUGAAAGUGUCGCGAUCCCGACUACGGUCCUCAUCGGCUCGGUCUUCUUCUUUGCCGCAGGCAUCUUCGACACCUUCGGAGCUUUGAACGCAGACCGCGGAACCCUCGACACCAACAAAGAGACGCGCAAAGUCACGUACCGCCCAGCUCUUGUAGGGUCUCCGGAGUUCAAGUGGAUCCCUUCGUGGGUCAAACUGUGGGAUCUGACUAGGACGAACCUGGCUUUUCAAGCUGGUUUGAUCGUGCUCUUUGGCGGUGUGAUCUUCAUGUUCGCUGGCAUUGUCGACUUUCCGGAGCUCAUCCCAGAGAAAGCACCGCUGUUUGCGACGAUUGUGUUCGGACCCCAGGUUCUUCAUGGCGCUUUAUUCUUGGUAGCAAAUGCGAUGCUGGCUAUCUCAGAGCAGGAAAGGUGGUACAAACCGAAGUGGUCGGAUGCGGACUGGCAGGGUGCUUUCCUCAACACCUUGGGUGGAUUUGGUUUCAUGGUGGCGGGACUGUUCUUAUUUGGCGAUCACAAGCUUGCGGCAGCAGUGGCGGCAUUACUCGGGAGUUGGGCUUUCCUGAUUGGGAGUGUGAUACGGUGGUAUGUUGUAAUGGAGAUCUUCUAG